AAUGAUUUUUUAUUUUAUUUUAUGAACAGAAAUAGGAAUGUUUUGGUAAAGAGAUUUCAAUAAGUUUUGUCAGCUUUUUUAUAAAAAUGGACAAAAGUUUAAAUUUAAAUUUGAGUGAUCAUCAAAGUUUAGUUACAGAUAUAAAAAAACCUAUACCACCUCCACGUCCUGUACCAGUUCCACGUCCAAGAAAUAGUUCUUCAUUAGGAAACAAUGACUCAUGUAUGUCAAAAAUUGGAUACAAAGAUGAAAAGCUACCUUCUAACUUUCUUUUUAAUAAAUCAUUAUCUCGCAAUCUGGGUCUUCAUGAAUACGAGAAAGAGAAUUUAAGUUUACAUGGAGAUGAGAAAGAAAUUAAAGAGAAAAUAAAUAUUGAUUCUAAUAUGUCAGAGAAGUUUUCUUACAGCAGUUCAUUAAGUUUUUUUAACCCACUUUUUAACAGGGACUCAGAUAGACUAAAAUCAUUACAGGCACAUCAGGUUAAUGAACCUUUCUUCUAUUUAAAUGAUCUUUCUAACAAAUAUUUACAGCAUGAUGAGUUUGUAAGUUAUAACAAUGAUGAUUUAUAUGAUUCAUCUAUUACACCUGUUGUGGAUAAAUUAAAAAAACCUUUAUUUGAAAAUGAAAAUGAGUUGAUAAUGAUAAGCAAAGGUAGAAAGAAAUUGCAACAAUUGGUGAAAGACAAUGCAUCUUCUGCUGAUAAAAGGAUUGUUGCUGAGAAAUUACUGAACUUAGAUGUAGCAAUAAUCUUGAAAUAUCAUGUUUUGGACAUUUUGGAUUUUUUACUAUCAAACAAGGAUAUUGAUAUCUCUAAAAUUCCUACAGCAUUUAAUCUACUUGAAAAAUAUGGUAUGACUCUUUUAAAAGAAGAAAGCUUAAGACACCCUUCUUGGAGAAAAAUUUCAACUUCUUCGAAUUUGUUCAUAAAUUCAGUUGGGACUGUAAAGGGUGCUGAUAGUAUUAUUCGAAGCAUGGGAUACACAGAAAAAAUAAAACAACCUACAGGAGACAUUUUAGUAUUUCCAUUAGGAGUUAAACCUAAUUAUAGCCUAGUAAUGGAUUUAGUUAUAGAUUUGUUGAUUGCUAAAUAUGAAAUAGAUUUUUUGUUAAAUCACAAACAUCCUUAUUUUGAAAUUUUGCAUAUGACUGGUAGUAUCCCAGAGGUCUACUUUACUUACAAUGUGUCAAAUAUUAAUCCAACCUUUGCUGUUGAACAAAAUGAUUCAUUAGUCUACCAAGGUCCAAAGAGUUUGGAAUUUGCUUUUAACUCACCCCUAUCUCGUGAAAGUUCAUUAGUUACUUCUAAUGUUAAUAUAUCUACAGCAACAGGUUUCUUUUUGUGUUCUAAUUGCAAUUCCCGUUUUAUUGAGCAGCCUAAGUUUUGUCAAAAUUGUGGACAUCAAAUGCAGGGUCACCAAUCACAUAAUAAUAAUCAAACUAGGUUCCAGUUUCAAGAUCAACAAAGUUCAAUUAAAACAGAGCUGAAGCAAGAGCAUAUAAAAAGAACACAUCAAAUGCAAGUUCAACAAUCACAUAAUAAUAAUCAGACUAGUUUCCAGUUUCCAGAUCAACAAAGUUCAAUUAAAACAGAGCUGAAGCAGGAACAUAUAAAAAGAACACAUUCAGUGUCUUCUUUUGAGGUUAGGCAAACAAAGGAAGCUGAAAAAUUCACCAUACCACAACAGUGGAGUUGUCAGUAUUGUACAUUAUUGAACGAUUUAUCUGUUUCAAUUUGCCAAGCAUGUGAACAACCUUCACCCAAUCAAAAAAAAUUAAAUGAGGCUCAAACUUCAAACUUAGACGACAAACAACAGAUAGAAUUUGCAUUGAAAAAACAACGUCUUAUAAAGGAAUACAAUGAAGAUAAAAUCAGACAAGAGAAAGAGCUGCAACGUCAAUUGGUAAUUUCCACACAAAAUAAAAUGAAACAAAAUGCAUCAAACAUUGCAAAUAUAUUUCAUAUUGCUGAAAAUGAAGGAUUUUCAGUUCAGCUUUGUGAAAUGGCAUUAAACUGUGUACAAAACCAAGAUUGGGAUUCUAUUAGGGUUUGGAUAAAAAAAAGGUUACCUGAGCUUACAGAUAAAUUUAUGGAAUACAGUAAACAAGUUUUUUCUCAACAAAAUGAAAUAGUUAGUGAAAAAGAAGCUCAUCAGUUUUUGUAUGAUUAUAAAAUUGAUAUGCGUUUAGCAUUUGUUGCAUUUCGAAGAAAAAGAGAAAAACAGAUUUUAGAUCUGAAGUCAAAGUUUUCAGUUACUGAACUUGAAAUUCAUAACGUUUUAUUUAUCUCUGAAGGUGAACAAAUGAGAGCUGAAGAACUUCUUUAUAAAAACAUCAAUGGAAAUGAAAUAAGGGAAUCAUUAAAGAAAAUGCCAAAAGUGUUUUUUGAAAAACUAGCAGAUCGUAGUAUUCCAGAAGAAGUAAAAUGUCGAAUGAUUCUUGGAGAAUAUCCAAGGACUAGUUGGGGUAGAGCUGAAAUGUGUUUGAAGUUAAUAAAUCUUAAUAAAUAUGAGGUGGAAGACUGCCUAGAGGCUGUCAAAAGCAACACUUAUUAUAAUGAUUGCAUACAAUUUUUGGAAUGCGAAUGUUGCAUGUGUUUGAAUACUUAUCCCAGGCACAAGCUUACAUCAAAUCUACAUUGCCAAUGUCAAUAUUGUUUUGAUUGCUACAUUGAAUAUUUGGAUGUAAGUAUCACUCAAAAUCAUAUACGUAAUUUGGUUUGCGCAAACUGUCAAUUACCCACAGAGGAAGCUGCACAUAAAUCAGAAUAUUUCGGAAAUUUAGAUAAUCAGGUUCAGCAUUUUGUGGCUACAAAUAAAUUGGCACCUGAACGUCAUACAUUGUUUCAAGAGAAAUUAAGAGAUUUUAAUUUAUUAAGUGAUCCAAAAUUCAGAUGGUGUGCUCAUUGUCCUAGUUAUGGCUUUAUCUGGGAAAAUGAAGAUAAUAAAAUGCGCUGUAAUAAAUGUCAAAAUUUUACCUGUUUUUUGUGCAAAGAGAAGUGGCUGCCUCAGCAUGAUGGAAUUACAUGUGAAAAAUUUAAAGAAUGGAAAGAUGCAAAUGAUCCCGAACUUCAAAAAGCCUGUGCUACUGAUCUGUUAUCUAAAAAUGGAAUAGAAUGUCCUGAGUGUCAUUUCAAGUAUAUUCUUGUACGUGGUGGUUGUAUGCAUUUUACUUGUACUCAAUGUGGUUAUGAAUUUUGCAGCGGAUGUUUUAUGAGUUUCCUCAAGGGAGGGAGAUGCCAAGUUAAUCCUGAGUGCGCCAACAAAGGUUUACAUGCCCACCACCCACGUGAUUGUUAUUUUUAUUUGAGAGAUAAAUCUGUGAACGAACUUAGAACUCUUCUAGAAAAAAAUAAUGUUGAAUUUGACAAGGACAGGCCUAACCAAGAAAUGCCGGAUAACCAAAUUAAUGGCCCUUAUCGUUGUACAAUACCAAUAUCUGAAGACUAUCUAGAUAAACCAUGUGAAAAAGACUCACCUGAUAAUAUGGCAGGACUUUGCGAAUUACAUUAUAUUGAGUAUCUUGUUGCACUAAUAAACAAAAGUAACUUAGACCCAGUUUUAAUUUUAUCGAUUCAAGAGCUUAAUGUUGUAUUGACAAGAAGUUAUAAAGAUAUUUUAGAACAAAAUGAAAACGAAGCUGAAGAAGAAUUUCACGAAAGAUUACGAGAGUACGUUCGUACGGAACUUCCUUUAUUAAAAAGAAAAUGAUUGCAGAAGAUCCUCAUAGUCAUUCCACGGUUUUAUCGCUUCAUUACGGGUUUCUAUUGGCUGAACAAAAGAUUUAUAUUAAUGUUGAAAAUUAUGAAGUUAUUGUCAUGACACCUGAAUUUAAAGUAUAAGAUAUAUUCUGUUUUAUUAAUAUUCUAUAUAAUUUUUAUAUCUUUUAGAAGCUAUUUUUAUAUAAUUUUUUUUAUUUUAUAACAAAUAACUGUAUUGUAAGAUAACGCGUGCAACUAAUAGUAAUGUAUCUAUAUCAAAA